UUGGUGGGGCUGGAGGUUUGUCAAACAAGCACAGCUUAGUUGUUGACCACGGUCGAUACAGUGUAACAGUAUGCCGCCCUUGAAAACCUUUAGUUCAUCUUGGUACACUCAGAAAACUUGGUCAUUUUUUAAUUUCGUUGCUACAGCCGAGCCGUUAAGGCGGUGGCGGUGCUCCCUUUCGGCGCAGUCAGCAGGGCAGCGUCCAGGUCGACGUUAUGUCAAACCUUACCACUAGCCUGCGGGGGUCCAGUGGGGAGGAUGAGCAGGGGCAGUGGGACCAGAAGGAAAGUAAGCCGGUCGCAGCAGCUCAGCGAUAUGGUGACCUCUGACCCUGAAAUAGUCGGUGAGAUUAAAGAUCUUUUCAAUAAGGUCAGAACGUACACCAAACCUCCCAAUGGAGAGUGGUGUAUCCCUGACCCAAAUGUUGCUCUCAGACACCCUGCAGAGGAGCACUGCCAGCUGCAGGCCCUGAAGGCAUCGCUGAACGCUGUGAAGAACCAGCUGAGCGACAAAGCUGUGGAGGUCUGGCAUCAACACACCAACUCCACUAAUCGCGCAGGGAAGGUCAUCGCCGCUGUUCGCUCCGCUGCCAACGCGGAGAUCUGCACUCAGGCCUGGUGCAAGUUCUACGAGAUCCUAGGGACGUUUCAACUUCUUCCAGAGGAGGCGAUUCAGAGUGGCGAGCUGAACACGGUUCACCUGUGUGAAGCACCGGGGGCCUUUAUAACUGCUCUCAACCACUACAUCAAAACAAGAGAGCACACACGAUACUGUGACUGGAGUUGGACCGCCAACACCCUCAACCCCUACCAUGAGGCUAAUGGGGGGAACACAACCAUUGCAGAUGAUCGGCUAAUUGCUAACACGCUACCUUGGUGGUUCUUUGGCUCUGAUAACACUGGCAACAUCAUGAACCAAAAACACUUGUUGGAAUUGCAGGCGUUUGUGGGUAACACACACCAAGUUUCUAUGGUGACAGCAGACGGGAGUUUUGACUGCCAGGAGAACCCUGAUGAGCAGGAGGCUCUGGUGGCGUCGCUGCACUACUGUGAGGCCGUGGCUGCACUGUUGCUCCUGAGCCCCGGCGGCUCCUUUGUACUGAAAAUGUUCACCAUGUACGAGCACUCGUCUGUCUGCUUGCUCUACCUGCUGAACUGCUGCUUCCGCUCCGUGAGCGUCUUCAAACCCGCCACCAGCAAGGCGGGGAAUUCUGAGGUGUAUGUUGUGUGCCUAAACUACGAUGGUAAGGACGCUGUCCGGCCCUUGCUCUCCAAGCUGAUUCGGAACUACGGGCCCCAUCUAGCUGACCGAGAGGCACUUUUCCAGAAUUCCCUAAUCCCACCGUCGUUUCUGGAACAGCAUGAACAGGUGUGCUCCUACUUUUAUACACUGCAGGUAGAGACGAUCAGAGAGAACCUGCAGCUGUUUGAAAAUAUGAGCGCUGAGCAGAGGCAGCGGCUCGACUACAUCAGAGAGUACACGGUGCAAGAGUACCUACAUCGCUUCCAGGUGAGCUGCCUUCGACGGGUGCAGUGGGUGUCUCGUAACACAGUGAGCCCUGCCUGCUGCAGCGUCACAGCGGGACGGCCUCUGGGACAGAGGAAGCAAAUGGGCUCCUUCAACGAGCGGAGGGAGUUACAGACCCUGAGCUGGAGGGAGCGUGUUGAGAGGGGUUGCCAUGCUACGUGGAUCCAGAGACACUGCACUGAGGCCAGUGGGAGAGACUGUGUACUGGAGGGGCCACUGACAGAGUGUGACAUCGACUCCUGGUAUGUUAUCGUGGGGCCUGCACUCCCUACAGUGAGAAACUCUCCAUUCUGUGAAGGAGGUCUGUUGAACCAUCUGAACGAAGCCCUGCUGCAAACGGCUGAGGGGUCAGCAGCAGCAUGGGCUCAUGUGCCUCCCUGUGACUCUUGUCAUGUGAUUUGUGCCACUUCCAUGCUGUCAGAGGUGGCAGCACUCUGCAGCAGCACAGCCCCUAACCUUAACGGUGGAAACAAAGUCAAGAGGCAGUGUCUGGUCUUUGGCAGUGGCUCAGUGUGGAGCGCCUGCCAGGGCCAAAUUGGGGAUUUAGUCAUAAAUCUUUCCGCAGAGCCCUCAUUUCCAAGGUACGGCUGCAUCACCCUGCACGACGGGGAGCCGCUUUACCAGCAGGAGCUGUUAAGUAGAGUUGUGUUUUCCCUGCAAAACCUGAACUCAGGGGACGCUCUCCUGCUGCCGCUCUUCUCCGCGCUCACCCGUGUCACAGCAGCAAUCAUCCUCUGCCUGCAUCUGUCUUUUCGCUUGGUUACGUUCAGGUGUCCACCCCCGUCCGGACUGGUUGGGACAGUGCUCGUGUGCAUUGGCUUCUGCCCUGAAGCUGCUGCACAAAUACUCCCCCUCCUCAUUGAUGUCCACAAGCGCAUGAGUGAACUGGCAAACAGAGAGGACAACACGGGCAGUAGCGAGUCCUCUGGGUGUCAGAAACAGGUGCUUCAGUUUGUUCCCAUGGAGGAAAUCCUCACAGGGGGACUGACAGAGUUCCUGUGGGCCAUGAACUGUGAAAUCGUCCAGCAAAAGCUGCAUUUGCUCAUGCAAGCUUAGUGCAGUUUAGUAAGUGCCUCUGGGAUACAUGCUGGUUGUUUAUUUCUUUGUCAUGAAAGUUGUGCCUGUCUCAAGAUGGCUGUCUAGUUCUAUUUCAUUUUCUGAUCAACAGGCAAACUGCUCAGCUACUUAAAAUGCAUUUGUUUCAACGUUAUGGUCAUUGAAUAUUUAUCUUAUGGUGAAAUUAAGACAGCUGAGGUGGGUUAAAGGUACUCUCUCCAUUUUUAUUUCACCUGGAAUUCGUCUACACAGUUUGUCAUAAUAUGUUGGGCAGGCGGGAUUCUUCAGGGAGUUAUGGUAAUGGUAUAUGAGAAAACUAAAUAACAAACUAAUG